AUGAAUUCUAAAUUUUAUAAACCAUUUCCCGUACCAAAAGAAAAUGGAGAAACAGUACUUCAAUGUCGUAAUGGCACUUAUUAUGAUGAAGUUUCGCAUUCUUCUAUUUUAUCUCAAUUAGCGAGUUUUACCUCUAUUGCAGUUGAUUGGUGGUUAUAUUAUUUUGAAAAAUCGGGUGAACAAAACUGUGAUUCCAAAAACCCCGAUGAAAGCAAUUCUGAAAAACUCGAUGAAGACAACAAAAACAACAGAACAGUAACUUUUCUCAAAGAUUCUGAAAAACCUGAUAAAGAAAACAAAAAAACCAGAACAGGUUCUUUUCUCCAAGAAAACAAUUAUUAUUAUAAAAGGCAAUCAAACUAUGAAUGGAUUAAACAUUUUAUUGUAGCAGUUAGUUUUGUGGAAUCAAUCUUGAUUAUUAUAUAUGAUGUGGUUCAAAUAAAUGAUGAAAAACAACAAAAACAACCAGCUAAUGUGAUACCUAAAAAAGUUGCAUUCUUUAUUAUUUUUAUUUCUAUCAUACAAGUCUACUUUGAAUAUGCUUUAUAUUGCACCCCUAAAGGUGCCGAUAGUAUUUUCUUUUUUGUUUUAACCACUAUUUUAACCCGUUCAAUCUCUUCAUUCUUUUCUAAUGACAAUUUUAAAGACAUUAGAGUUAAAGAUAUUGAACACUAUGGGAUUAAAAACCUUGACCUAAAAAAAGGAACUUAUAAAUUUGUUUUUUUGCGGAUUCUUCAAAAAGAUAAAAUUUCUGAUUAUUUGGGUCAUCAAAGACUUUAUGUGCAGGUUAAUGAUAACGAUGAAAAGAUGCAAAAAUAUGUUGAAAAUCUUCAAAAUUUUUAUCGAUAUAAGGAGUACAAAGCUGUCAAAGAUAUAUAUAAGCAAUUGACUGAAAAACUUGGUGGAAGAAAAAAAAGAUGCUAUCACGAAUUAUUUCAUGAUAGUAUUAUCAACAAAAUAAUAAAAUCAAACAUUUCUGCAAAAUGCAAAGAUGGUACGUGUACGUUCCAAAGAGAAGGUCAUACUAGAAUUAACAUUAACACAAAAGAAAAUCAUUUUAUACAAAUUAAAACCAUUGAUGGUAAAGAAAUUGAUGAAACUCAGAUCACGGGUGAUCCUACAAAAGGAAAUCUAAAAAUCGAUGACAUUCAGAUCACGGGUGAUCCUACAACAGGAAAUCAUAACAUACCGAUACAAAAUCAUAAUGAUAACAUACAAAAAAUCGAUGAAAAUAUCUACAAUAAUACUUUUGAAGAAAUUAUCUUUGAAAAAUUUAAAAAUCCUGUAGGUAUAACGCAUAUAUUUGAUAGAUAUUACAAUAUCGUUGAUAAUGAGUUAAAUGUACCAGGAACGAAAAUUAUAGCUAAACAUCUUUCUGAAAACAAUGCAAAAGUUUAUGCAAAUGUGCUUGAAAUGGGUUAUUUUCAAUAUUUUGUUUAUUCGCAUAGAGCAUUUAAGGAUAAGACAAAAGAUAAGGAUAACCAAAAAAAUAGUAACCAAUAUAAAAAAGAAGAUAUAGAAAUUUCUUAUGACAAACAUACAAUUGUUUUCAAAAAUUCUAAAGUCAAAUGGUUCGUAAUUCCGGAAUUUGGAACUUCAAACUAUAUAAGAGACAAUGAUGAUGCAUGUGAAAGAGAAUAUAAAGAAUGUAUAGCUAUACAAAAAAUACUCAAUAAUCUUGAACAUGAAUAG